CGCAGAAAAGCAGCGCUUCAUGAUCCCCAAAUAACAAUGGCUGCCAGGAGGAGCGCAUGCGUGAUGUGCUGUCCAUCUCCCCACAAAGUAAUGGUUGUCUGUGUGGGUAUAAGUGGGUAGGAUUUCGUGUGCGGCUGCCUCGGGAUACAGUCUUUUUUCCAGCGCCGAGCUCCACCGAGAUGCCGCAGGAACCCGGAGAAGAGGAGGAGGAGGAGGCAGGCCGAGGGGUCUUGCGACGUCUGCGUUCAGUAAACACGCGAGAACCUUGUCAGGUCGUUUUCUGCAACCGCAGCCCCCGUACGGUGAGCCCCAUCUGGCUGGGCUUCGACGGGAAACCGCGCCCCUAUCCGAGCCUGCCACCGGGCACGGGACGCAGGAUGCACAGCUACUUGGAACACCUUUGGUUGUUCAGAGAUGCAGGGACAGAUGAUCGUCUGCUGGUCAAUGAGACAGAGCUGUUUGUGGCUAGUCGCAAUGCGAAUGGACAGCCUAUAUUUGCAAACAUUACAUUGCCAGUGUUCACUCUAAAAGAGAGAUGUCUUCAAGUUGUCCGUACUUUGGUGAAACCAGUGGAUUACAGAAAACUAGACAUUGUUAGGUCAUUAUAUGAAGAUCUAGAAGAUCAUCCUGACAUUAGGAAGGACCUUCAGCGGCUUUCUUUUGAAAGGAGUGAAAUGCGAAGGAAUUCAGUCCCUGAUAGAAGUGAAGACUCCUAACUGGACAAUCUGUUUUCACUAAUAAAUUGUGGGGUACAAAUAGCAUUUACUGUGGCUUAUGAAUACCCUUCAGUGAUGUCAUGGGGUUUUAGGAGGCAGAACUUGUUUUUACGUAGAAUGUAUAGCUUCAUAACACAAGGACAGCCACAGUUGUGAGACCAUGCGCUACUAUGUUAAAUCUUGGUUAAAUCUGGACACAACCAAUCUUUGCAUUAGUUUGAUUCAUGGAAUACUAAGUACAAAAACUCAUCCAGAUGGUACACAACUGUAAGAACAAUUGCUGCCGAAGCUAUUUUCAUGUUUCUUUCUCUUUAUCAAUUUAUUAUACAUGCAGGGUAUUCCUAAAAAUUAGAAAUUGGGCAAAUGCAUUCUCAUACCAAAGGAGGAACCUUCCUGAAAUCAUAAAUUGCCGCCCUAACCAUCUGUGUAAUGUAGCAGAAACUUACUGACUCCUUUGGUUUGCCCAAAGAUUUCUUACACAUUGCCAUUUCAAAUGGGGCUUUGAUAUGUCCCUGUCUGUGGUAUUUGCACUGCACUAUAAGCUUGCCCUAGGCAAGUAUGUGAUGCAGCAAAAAACUGGUAUAAAGGGAACACCAUUAGUAGUUAUGUGUUAUGUUUUAGUACUCUAUCAUUCCUGUCUAAAUUGGUAUCAUCUCACCAGUGUUCUUCCUACUUCAGUCAAAACAAACAUCUGACAACCCUGUGAUCUGCUGAUACCAGAACUCAGUUUUACUAUGGUUCAGAUCUCAGUAUUGCAAUGCAAGUGAGUGGAGUAAGUGUGGGAAUCAUACCUGGCUUUUCCUCUGGCAGGUUCCAAGCAAGAGCCUAACAAACUCAGCAUUCUGUGAAUACUUGUCAAGGGCUUUUUGUCUCCCCCACCCCACAUACCUGUACAGAAUAUUAACAUUGUGAGGCUGACUACUGAAAGAGUAUCUUUUAGUCACAGGGAGGCUGAAUGCAACUCUGUCAUAUUCUGAUAUCUCACACCUUCAACUAAUAAAAUUGCACAAUUAAAAAUGCUGUAAUGUUAGACCUCAGCACCAGCAAUGAUUACUAAUUGAUCCUGUGCACUUAUCUCCAGUCCAAAGGCAAAUCCUUACAGAGAUAAUGUGAAAUUAAAUUGUUGGGAGCAUCAGUUUAAUUUGCUGUGUAUUGUUACAUUUUGUAAGGCACUAGUUUGUGGAACAAAAUAUGUACUGUCUUGAAAAAAAAUCUCUCACAUGUACAUUCUGUGAUUUUUAAAGAAAUUUGUAACUUGGAUGUUACCUUGAGGACUGCAUUCAUGAAUUUAACUGGGGCUUUCCCUUGGAGAAAAUAAAUGCAUGUAGUAUGUGUAGUACAAUACUUAAAGAGUUGAAAGAAGACUGUUUAAAUGCCAGUUUUUUCAGUUUUUGGUGGAAGCCCUUGUCAGGAUGGGGAUUCGAAAGAAGUUGUCCGCCAUAGCUGCCUAUUGACAGCUUUCUACUGUGCAUCUGUUUUGUACGUGUGCCUUUGGAUUGCAGUCUUUGCAGACAAGGUACUCCUCCAGUUAUGUAUUAGGCAUUCAAAUUGUAACACUAAGGAACCCAAAGUGGAGGAAAUGCAAGGCUCUUCCACUAUCAGGGAAAAAUUGGCUUAGUGACUACAUAGGCCUACUUUAAAUAAACUGCGGCCCCGGUCACACGGGAAGUUUAGGGCCGGAAGAGGGACAGAUCG